GAUGCCAAUCACACUUCUCGCAUGUUUCUCGGGAGUAAAGAUCGAAACGCGGUGGCGCCGAACUCCAGAUCGAAUCUGAAAUUCCCCAAUCCCACACCUCCGCCCGCGUUCCUCCCGCCGGUGGUUGGUCCUCGCCGGCGCGCGCCCUCGCUCACCGUCGCUGCAGGGAGAAGCCAGCGAGGCCACUCUGUCCAGCGUCUCCUCCGUCCGAUCCUCCUCCCCCAGAGUAAGGACUUGGUCCUUGCCGCCCGCGUUCACCGUCGCUGCGGGAACUAGAGGGCGGCAAUGUCACGCCUCCAGGUCCGCUCUCUCUCCAGCUCCUUCUCCUCACGCGCCUACGAGCUGCUGAACGAACUCGACGGCCGUCUGGGCUCCGGGACGGUCAGCCCAGAGCCCGCGCGCGAACUGUUCGACGAAAUGCUGCGCCAACCAGUCCCAGUAUCAGUACGUGCACUCAACGGCUUAUUUGCUGCCCUUUCGCGUGCGCCGCCCUCCACCAUCUACACCAAUGCCCCUGCCCUCGCCAUUGAUCUCUUCAACCGCAUGGCCCAAGCAGGCCGUCGCCAGGUGACAGCACCUGACAUUUACACCUACAACAUACUAAUUGACUGCUGCCACCGAGCAUGCCGCCCGGAUCUUGGGCCUGCCUUCUUCGGCCGCCUCCUCAAGACAGGCAUCACGAAGGACGUCGUUACCUACAGCAGCUUAUUCAAGUGCCUCUGCGACAUGAAGCGCACAGAGGAGGCUCUGAACGUGCUGCUCCAUAAGAUGCCCGACGACCUGCCUGAUGCCAUCUCCUACUCAGUGAUUCUCAAGAGCUUCUGCGACAGUGGUAGGAGCCAGCUCGCGCUUGACCUGCUCCGGAUGAUGACCGAAAAAGGAUCUGGCCACUCCCCCAGCGUGGUGUCAUACAGCAUGGUAAUUGAUGGUUUCUUCAAGGAGGGUGAAAUAAGCAAAGCAUGCGAUCUAUUCCAUGACAUGAUACAACAUGGGGUUGUGCCUACUGUGGUGACAUAUAACUCCAUUAUUGAUGCGCGGUGCAAAGCAAGAGCAAUGGACAAGGCAGAGGUGGUUCUUCGAUCAAUGGUUCAUAAUGGUGUCCAACCAGAUGCUGUGACAUAUAAUUGCUUGAUCCAAGGAUAUUCAACUUUGGGCCAGUUGAAAGAAGUCGCUAGGUUGUUGAAAGUGAUGAGAAGCCAAGGUGUUCUACCAGAUGUUGUUACCUACAACUCACUCAUGACCUGCCUUUGCAAGAAUGGAAGAUUCAAGGAAGCUGUAGAAAUUUUUUAUUCCAUGGCCGUGAACGGCCAAAAACCUGAUGUCAUCUCAUACUCUGUUUUGCUCCAUGGGUACGCUAAAGAAGGAUCCCUCGUUGAUAUGAUUGAUCUCUGUGAGCGGAUGGCAAGAGAUGGAGUUGUACCCAACCUCCAUUGUUUCAACAUACUGAUUAGUGCAUAUGCUAAGUAUGGAAGGAUGGAUGUGGCUAUGCUUUUCUUCGAAGACAUGUUGAAGAAGGGGUUGAACCCUAAUGAAUUCAUUUAUUUAACUGUCAUAUCUGCAUUUUGCAAGAUGGGCAGGAUGGAUGAUGCUCUGGAAAAAUUCAAUGAGAUGAUUGAUAGAGGAGUACCACUUGACAUAAAAAUUUACAUGUGCAUGAUUGAGGGUUAUUUGAAUCAUGGUGAUUCUGUGAAAGCCGAGGAAUUUAUUACCAAAAUGAAGAGCAGGGAUAUUCGUCAUAGGCCGCGGAAGGGUAAUUGUUGAACACAUCAUCUUUGACUUGGUUACCCGUACUGGUGAGAGGACUGAUCCUAUUACAUUCACUUCAAUGGUCGGUUGGUAUUGCUUAUCACCAUGAUGGAGAAAGCGUUUAGAGUACGAUACUCUGAUAUCAGUUGGUGUAGCAUAGUUGUAACGCCCUAGAUACGACUUUCCAAAUUUGUAUCCAACUCUUGCCGUUUCCGGCGUUAAGUUAUAUUUAUU